AUGUCAUGUUGCAGAGCUCCGUCACGGUAUGUCUUCUGUCGAUUUCCUUCGUUUUCUUCCGCGUCUACGUCUCCCUUCCUUAUUUCUCCUUCACAUGCCCUAACUGCCUGCCUCUGUUUACAUUCCAAUUCCACAAAUCCUCAGAAUAUUGAAGAGGCUGUCUCUUCUUUUAAUCGCCUGCUUCGUGUGCGCCCCCCACCCUCUAUAUUCCAAAUCACUAAGAUCUUAGGAUAUGUUGCGAGGUUGAAACAAUAUCCUACAGCUGUCUCCCUUUUUGCACAAGCGGAAUCUAAGGGAUUCACGCCAUCUCUGGUUACGCUGAACAUCUUGAUUAAUUGUUACUGCCAUUUGGGUCAAAUGACUUUUGGUUUCUCUGCCUUAGGCAAGAUUCUUAAGAUGGGCUGUCAGCCAGAUACGAUUUCUUUGACCACACUAAUGAAGGGCCUUUGCAUCAAUGAUGACGUUGGGAGGGCAUUAGAUUUUCAUGAUGAUCUGACAGCAAAAGGUUUCCACUUAAAUGUUGUUAGCUACAACACACUGAUGAAUGGACUAUGCAAGAUUGGAAAAACAAGGGCUGCUGUUAAAUUACUCCAAAACAUGGGGAGAGGGCCCGUUAAGCCUAAUUUAGUUUCUUAUAAUACAAUUAUUGAUGGCUUUUGCAGAGAAAGGCUCAUAGCUGAAGCCUAUGAUUUAUUUCAUGAAAUGAUUGAUCAUGGAAUAUCUCCUAAUGUUGUGACCUACAACUCUCUCAUAAGCGGUUUUUGUGUCCUGGAUAAAUGGUCAGAAGCAGCAAAAUUGUUUAAUGAAAUGAGACUUAAAGACAUUAACCCUGAUGUGUGUACUUUUAAUAUAUUGGUCGAUGCAUUUUGUAAGAAAAGAAGUAUGACUAAAGCUGAGGCUAUCGUUGCCACGAUGAUGAAGUGCGGUGAAAAACCUAAUGAUUUUACUUAUAACAGUUUAAUGGAUGGGUACUGUUUGAUUAAUAAUGUUUUUGAGUCAAAAAAACUGUUCAACAAGAUGGUUGAAAGUGGUUUUGCUCCUUGUGUUAUUAGCUAUAACAUUUUAAUUAAUGGACUCUGUAAAAUGAAGAUGGUUGAUGAGGCCAUGAAUCUCUUCAAAGAAAUACGCCGUAAAAGCUUUAUUCCCAAUAUUGUCACUUACAGCUCCCUUGUUGAUGGUUUGUUCAAGUCAGGUAGAAUCUCUGAUGUGCAAGAUAUUAUUUAUGAGAUGCAUGAUAGAGGUUGUGCCCCAAAUAUAGUAUUUUAUAGUACCUUGUUAGACGGAUUGUGCAAAAGUCACCAUCUUGACCAGGCAAUUUCAUUAUUCAGGCAAAUUGUUAAAUAAGGAAUUCAGCCUAAUACUUACACAUAUACCAUACUUAUUGAUGGUUUGUGUGAGGGCAACAGAUUAAACGAUGCACGACAGAUUUUCCAACAUCUUUUGGUUAAUGGUCAUCCUUUGAAUGUCCAAGCAUAUACUACUAUGAUCAAAGGACUUUGUAAAGCGCGUUUGUAUGAUGAGGCAAAGGCCUUGCUUUAUAAAAUGCAAGAGAAUGGGUGCUCGCCUGAUUUUGUAACUUUUGAAACAAUUAUUAUACCUCUUUUAGAAAAAGGUGAGAAUGAUGAGGCAAAGAAUCUGAUUGACAAAUUGUUCAUCAAGGUCUCUUGAAAUGAUAAAAGAAGGUAUGGAACAGAAAGAGAGCAUGACAAAUCAUUCAAUCGACCACACGGCUGACAGAACAAGCAAGAUGCUGAAAGUUCAACUGGUCGAAGAUCUCGUUCAAAGACUGAUCGCAAAGCAAGCGUGCAUGUUAAAAGAAGGCCUGAUCGAAACUGGGUUAUUCACAGUUUUGUGAAGGGGCAUAAUCAUGAGCUUUUACCAGCUCAAGCUAAAAGUAGGCAUGGCUGUAUGAACUUUUGUGAUGUGUUUACGAACAAAUAUAAGUUGCCUCUCUUGUGCUUUUGUUGGAGUAAAUCUGCACUGUCACUUUUUACUGCUUGGGCAUGCCUUAAUAUCGGAUGAAAGUUGUAAUUUGAUACAGAAUAUCUGUUGUUUAUUAGGGAUCAUGUUAAUAAAUGGUAGAAGGGUUUGGUGUUAAAGAUCUUGUAGAGGUGGUUGGUUGUAUUGUAGUUCCAUUCUUCAUCAGAGCAUUGUAGUUUGUCAUGAAAAUUUUUGAAUUUCUUCAUUUCCCAUUA